GAGCGACACAGAGUGUGGGAAAAGUAUAAACAGUCCAUGAAAGUAUGUAGAAUAUAGAAGGCUUAAUUCAGGUAUUAGUGAACACCAUCGCCAAGAGAGAUUUGGAAUUUUUCUUAGGAAGUGUAUAUGUCAUUACAUGUUGUUCCUUCUUUUAGGUGUAGAACUACCAGCCUACAGUCGACAGUUCAGCCGUGACCAAUGUGACGGAUUCAGCUGGUGACAUGGCGUCUAACUCGGAUGACGAUGAUGUGUCGAUUCCUUCACGAUAUAGGAACGUGUCGCUAGAUGCACUCCGGGUCUCAGCUCGAAAGAAGCUCUCUCUGUACCUCAACAUUGAGAGACUACUGAACGAAGAUGGCAUUGUAGCAGACUACAAUGGACUGGCAGAACAAAUCGGUUUCUCCUUCUUGGAGAUGCAGAACUUCGCCCGACAGAGAGACCCAACAACGGAGGUGCUGAAUGAGUGGACGAGGAGACCAGACUUGUCCCCCACCGUCGGUCAGCUCUUUUAUUACCUGAGGGUGAUGGGCCGUGAAGAUGUGAUGACAGACUGCAAACGUAGCAUCAUUCUGGACAUCGAACACUAUGUCUCACAGGAAGAACGUCGCCAGAACGACGUCGUACCUCUCCAAGAUGACACCAUAUCCCAGAGUUCCACCCCAGAAUCUUCUGAUUUCACAGAUCAUGACAUUGAUGAAUACAGAUACAUGACUGUUCAGGAUGUUGAGAGCGACACACUAACGUUUUACGAUGCGUUCGUGUGUUAUGACCCAGAGGGUUAUGACCUGCAGUUUGUGAAGAAGAUGCUGUCGGAGUUGGAGUCUGCGCGGUAUGGUCUGAAGCUGUUUGUUCCUUGGAGAGAUGACCUGCCUGGGUCUUCCACAUAUACCGUGUCAGCCAAGCUGAUUCAGGACAGAUGUCGGAGAAUGGUGAUCAUUAUGUCUCCCCGCUAUUUGAGGAGUCCAGCCUGCGACUUCCAGACGAAGUUUGCCCACAGUCUCUCGCCAGGCUCCCGCAGCAAGAAAUUGGUGCCUGUUCUCAUCACGCCGUGCAUCAUACCCCAGAUCCUCCGCCACGUAUCUCUCUGUGAUUUCACAAAACUAGCCUUAAUGGAGUGGUUCUGGCAUCGGCUUGCCGUAGCAAUUAAAGCUCCCCUCUCAUUUGACGAGCUGCAAAUCAACGACAAGAUUUCAUUGGAAGACAUCACUCUUAGUCUGGAUCAAGAACAAUAUCGCAACAGUGGGAGCAGUAGCAGCAGCUCUAGCCAACCACUACCCAUCAUCCAUUCUUCUCCCUCUUCAUCCUCCUCGUCCGCCAGACCUGCUGCUGCAGCCAACUCCCCUGGAUCAAGUAGCUCAAUGGAAGUAGGGCCACCAGUGCAGAGUGCCCCACAAGGUUCCUCAAUGUCCUCAUCCACACAGGCAUCAAGCCCUGUUCCUCCACAUCGUAGACAUCGACAGACUAACAGAAGCAUCCCUCAGUUAUUCCGAUCCAGCGAGUGUUGAACUUUGUGACAGAAAAGAUUUCAAGACUUGAAUCUGCAGAGUAUAUGUGUUUGCAUAGGAACUGCUGCAUUCAAUUUAUGCAGGCAUUGUUUGAGAAGGAACUGAGAUCUUGUUUUUGUCGCAUGAGUCGCACAGGCCUCAGAUGAGGGGAAAAUGAAAUCUCAUUGAUAGCUAUGUUUUUGGAGCAAAUAUUCACAAAUACAUUAUAUUUCUAUAUAUUGAUUUUUCCU